AUGUGCGAAACACCCGCCGCUUUCAACAUCCUUAAGGCAUCAAACCCUCCACAGUGCUCCUUGCUCCUUACAUCACAUCUACCUUCACACUCUACUUUCCCUUACUCUUGUUACCUUUCUCACGGAAGCUUCCAUCUAUUGUAUUGUUGUUCGUCCAAAUCGGGUGUUUUUUUUUGAAAAUCUUCCUCACGUCCUUGAUCUAAACGUGAGUCUGCACGGCCCUAUCGCUGAUAAGCGGACCGAGCCAGCCGCAAGUCAGCAGAGUCGCAUAGUGUCUAUGCGACGGACAGGUCAAUUCUCGGGCGCUUGCGACUUUUCAAACACACUGGCUGUAUCAUUGUUUACAACCACUGUAGCAGCGACGCUCAAGCAGGUAUCCCCUAGAUCAGUUGGGCUUUGACGUCCUACCUCACUCAUAUCCGGAUAUCAACCCACGAUUAUACCUUGGCUUUUCUUAUCGUUGUUUCUCUCAUGUCACAAGACACCGAACUUAAGCUCUCGCAAGGUUCUCUUGCGCCACCAGCGGAGAUCUCUGGUCGCGCCGGUCCCACUCGGUGUAGAAGGCUCUCUGCUUCUCCGGAAAUAAGUGUAAGGGCUGAGAGCCACGCCUCGCACUCCGAGAGUGGAAAGUUCCUUUCGCCUCCAUCACUAUCGUCGUCAUCAGAUAUGACUCCGCCACCAUCAUCGCAAAUUCCUGGAGCUCCUCUCCGACGAUCAAGAUCUCGAUCUAGCUCAUACCUUGCAUCUCCAUCUGAUAUCGAGAAGACGCUAUGCGUUGCAUACGGAGCUUCCGAGAACCUUCCUACGGCCGACGAAAUUGAUGAUGCCGAUGAAUUUAAACUGCGUACAAUAGCGAAAGAACUACUGGGUAUAGCUCAAGAGGCUCGUAUGUCAGCGCUGCACUUCAAGUUGCAGAAUAGUCUACUGUCAUUCACAAGCAAUGAAGCCAUUAAACGCGCCGAGGUCGAACAUCAAUUGGCUCGAAGAGAAGUCGAGAUUCUCCAGAGCUCUGAGUAUCGCCGCCGUCAUACCGAGACUAAAUCGCUACAGCAAUUUACCAACGUGGAACUAGAACUUGCUCUCAAACGUAAUCAAGAGCUCGAGAGGGCCAAUGCUACUCUUGACCGAAGGCUUCGCCGAGCAAAGAGACUCAUCGAUCAGGAAAAAGAGAAGUCUGAUCGACUCGGCGAAGAAAACACUUUGUUGAAGGGCCGUAUCAGAGAUAAUCGAAAGCAUCUCUCUUUGAUGAUGGAGCAAGGUUCAUUAUCACCCAGCCCACAGACUGAGAUUCUGACCCCUCAUAGAAAGUCUGUUCCUCACUUCUUGGACAAUAGCAGCCACCACAUAACCAGGGAUGAGAAUCACAAUCCUUUCGCUGCCCUCCUAGCGGCAGACCGCGUUCUCAACAGGGAGUCUCCAAGUGCAAUGUCCACACAAAACCAGAACACUACCCAGCAACAAUUUGCAAGUGGCCACCUGCGUGUUGCACACUCACUAUCGUCUCUUCCUCUGACGCCGUCUCGUUCUCGAGUAGCUCAACGAGAAAGCCAGUACUUCACUCCAAACCAAGAAUGUCAGCAUAAGCGUCAGGAUAGGGAUAGCACAAUAUCAGCAUCUGACACCGAGGAAGCCGAGACUGAAGACGACGUUCCUUCGUCCUUUACCGGCUCGGUGGCAACCAACAUACUUCAUCGCAAUCAUUCAAGUCACCACGGCGUUACAAGAGUGCCAAACGCCCCCAAAUCCAGCGCUCUCCUUCAAACAACACUGUUCGGUCAGGUUAGGAAAGCGGGAGCCGGGCGUCCCUCUGGCAGUCUCAAACGCAAAGCGAGUUUUGAGAGUGUGGCCACGAAGAAAUCGAAAGCGGAGGAGCAGGUGGGUCUCGGUAUUGACACAUGGAACAGUACUACUACUAGUGCUAGCCGUGUAUAAACCCUACAUGUGCAUUUUGCUGUAAGGUUCCCAGGUUGCGCAUCUUGUGAUCUUUACUGCCAGUCUUUGUGUGGAGCUAGACCUUUUAGCAUCAGGCGAUUCUUUUUCUUAUCUUAAUGUUCUUUGAUGUCCUGUAUGUUCCACGUUAGGAACAGUUAUGAAUGAUGACAUGUAAAUGAUGGGGUGAAUCGGUAUUAUCAUGGCGCCUUUUAUCUUUUUUCUCUUCAUUUCUCUUUUGUACCUUUUAUUUUCUCUUGUACCUCAUUAUUGACACUUCACAUUGUUGACGACAAGAGCAAAUUAUGUGAAUUGAUAAGCUAUGCUCUCUAAGGAAACACCCAAGCUUAGGGAGCGAUAGGAGAGAUGGUCAAUCUGUCCCUUCGUCACAGUUGUAUAGGUGCCAGUCAGCCCAAGAUAUGUCGUCUUACUAAGUGUGGAACAAAAAUUGUCAAUUUAUUCGUUCAUUUAUUUGAGGAGGCGGCUGUAGAUAUUUACGGGGGAGG